UGGCGCUCUUGACUCUUAAAGACCCAAAACUCUAUCUCUCUGUCAUCAAAAAAAAAAAACUCUCUCUCCGGCACGCUGAUCACUCAAGAGUGGAUUUUGGGGACGACGACGACGACUGGAAUUUCAGAAACUCUCUGGAAGAGCUUGAUUCCCGGCACUCUGGAAGAGACUCUUUCCAGAAACUCUCUCAGCAAAGCAACGCAUCAACUCCGCUUCCACUUGUUCUUGUCUUCAUCCUCUUAAUAGUAUUAAAUCUCCAAUUUCUGACAUUCGCAACUCUUGGAAGAUUGAGAUCGACGAGUUAUAGCUGAUUUCUGAGAUAUAGAAUCCUGUUUGGUUCUACGAGCCUUGUUGUAUUGAUCGUAAAUAAGUGUUCGUGCUGAGGUGGUUUCCACAAUGGCAAGUAUAGAUAGCACCACUCCAUUUGGUGCCCAGACAGGGAGUUCCCUAUUUGGGGGAACUUCAACUGGCGUAUUUGGUCAAACCCAAUCCUCACCUUUUGGUGCUUCAUCCUCGCCAGCUUUCGGAGCAGCAUUUGGUGCACCAUCGUCUACUCAAACAAGUCCAUUUGGUGGAGCAUCCGGUACGUCGGCUUUUGGAGCAUUUGGGUCGAGUCCUGCUCAAACAAGUCCAUUUGGAAGCACAGCUCAACCAUCACAACCAGCAUUUGGAAGCAAUAUGUUUGGCACCACCUCUACACCAUUUGGUGCAAGUCAGCCUGCAUUUGGCACUAAUGCUGCCCCAGCCUUUGGUUCAACGAACACUACAGCCUUUGGUUCAACGAAUACCACAGCCUUUGGUGGCCAAGGCACUCCAGCCUUUGGGACCACAAGCGCUUCACCUUUUGGUAGUACAACUACUCCGGCGUUUGGUGCUCCAAGUACUCCUACCUUUGUCUCAACACCAAGUCCUACAUUUGGAAGCACAGGAUCUGCAUUUGGGACAACAAGUUCCAACUUGUUUGGAUCAGGGGGAGCAUUUGGGGCUUCAACCACCCCAGCUUUUGGUCAAUCUAGCUCAGCUUUUGGUACUACAACAAGUGCCCCAGCUCUUGGUCAAUCUAGCUCAGUUUUUGGUACCACAACAAGUGCUCCUGCUUUUGGUCAAUCAAGUUCAGGUUUUGGCUUUUCAACAAGUGCUCCUGCAUUUGGCCAAUCAAGUUCAACCUUUGGUAGCACCCAAUUUGCGGCUUCAUCUCCUUUCGGAGCGCAGAGUUCGCCGUCUCCUUUCGGAGCGCAGAGUUCGCCAUUUGGGGCUCAGUCAACAACACCAACACUUGGAAACACUGCCUUUGGACAGUCGGCUUUUGGGGGCCAACGGGGUGGAAGUAGAGUGACUGCUUACACAGGCACAUCUGAACCAGAUAGUUAUGGAAUGGGGAAAUUGGAGUCAAUAUCAGCAAUGCCAGCCUAUAAAGAAAAAAGUCACGAGGAAUUGAGAUGGGAGGAUUACCAAUUAGGGGAUAAAGGUGGACCGUCUCCUGCUACUGGUUUUGUUGUCACUUCAUCUUCACCAUUUAGUUUGACUUCACCGUUUAGUUCUUCAUCAACUCAAACCAAUUUUUUUACACCUGCAUCAUCUGCCUCACCAUUUGGCCAAACGUCUUCUCCAGCUAUUUUUAGUUUACCGUCUUCCUUUUCAUUCUCUAUCCCGGCUACAUCAUCCACUCCCUCAUUUAAUUUUCCCACUCCAUCAAACCCACAGACACAGUUUGGUCAAACAGGCGCUACCUCCUUCUGGCUGGAUCCAUCUACCUUUGGUUCAAACUUGUUCAAUAAUACUUCCAGUUUGCACAGCAGUUCAUUGGGUACUACAAGCAACCAACUGGGUAUUACUCAACCAGCUCCUGAUUUUCCUACUUUUCAGACAUCUCAGCCUCUUCAGACUAGUCCUUUUGGCUUCAGCAACACCAACACCUUUAAUCAACCACAGCCAGGCAACACAAGUGCCUUUGGUGGUUUAGCAGGCAUUUCUGGUCAGAGCAACUUUGGACAAUCGUCUGUGGCUCAAGGCUCUGCAGCUGUACAACAACCAGUACCUGCUACAAAUCCAGUUGGAACGCUCCCCGCGAUGCCUCAGAUGUCAAUUGGUUCUCCUUAUCAGAAGCCUGAUUCUGGAACUACUACUUCCGUCACUAGUAUCACCGUAAACCCAACUUCUGGUACUGCUGUCACUAUAACCCCCAGUCCUGGCAGUACUGUCACCAUAACCAUCUCAACUUCUGGUAGUACUACUAUCAAUAUAUCCCCCACUUCUGAAACUACCUCAAGUAAUACACCUUCGCCAACUGGAGAAACUUCAUCUCCAUUUAGCUUUAGGCUUCCCCAUCCUGCCCCAGAGUCUCCGAGUUUAUUUCAACCCUUCAACAGUUUGGAUAAAAAACCGCCAGCUGUACAACCAAUACAUUCUACAAGCUCGUCUCUGCUUCCAACUCCAGUUCCUGCACAGCCAAUUGAAGAUGGUGUCAGAGAAUCCAUUAAAAACCAGAACGAUGUCACACUGGGAAUCACAAAGCAAUUGCUUCUGGAUGUAGGCAGGGACAACAACAUGGUGUACUCGCCGCUGUCCGUCCAUGUGGUUCUUGGCCUGAUAGCAGCUGGGUCAACAAGAGGAACCAACAGGGACCAGAUUCUCAAUUUCCUGAAGGCAAAGUCCACCGAGGAACUCAAUGACUUUGCUUCCAAGCUUGUCCCUCUGGUCUUUGCUGACGGAUCCCCAAAGGGAGGGCCUUGCUUAUCAUUCACAAAUAGCGUUUGGCUCGACAAGUCUCUCAGUUUCAAGGCUUCUUUCAAACAGGUAGUGGACACUGCAUACAAGGCGGCUUUGGGUCAAGUUGACUUUAAGACCAAGGCUGAGGAUAUCCGAUGUGAAGUGAAUUCAUGGGCCAAGGAGGAGACUAAAGGCCUUAUCAUAGAGGUUCUUCCCCCUAUGUCAGUUGACGGCACAACAAGGCUCAUCCUUGCUAAUGCAUUAUACUUUAAAGGAGAUUGGACUGAGAAGUUCCACACAUCACUAACAAAAACAGAUGAUUUCCACCUUAUCGAUGGGAGGAGGUCAGUAAAGGCACCCUUCAUGACCAGCAGGAAUAAACAAUUCAUAAGUGCCUUUGACGGUUUCAAAGUCUUAAAGCUUCCUUACGAACAAGGUGGAGAUCACAUUCGGCGUUUCUCCAUGUAUGUGUAUCUUCCAAAUGCAAUAGAUGGCCUGCCAGCUUUAGUUGAGAGAGUUUGUUCAGAGUCUGGAUUUGUGGAUCGCUAUCUUCCCUGCUUUGCAGUUAAAGUUGGUAGAUUUUUAAUCCCGAAGUUUAAGGUCUCUGCUGGCUUUGAGGUUAAAGAAGUUCUGCAAACUUUAGGACUGGACUUGCCAUUUCGUCCUGGAAGUUUGUCACAGAUGGUGGACUCAUCUUUGGGGCUAGGUAUUUCUUGCAUACUCCAUAAAUCCUUCAUUGAAGUUAAUGAAGAAGGCACAGAAGCUGCGGCUGUUACUUUUGCUUUUGGUUUAUCUGACUGUAUCUCAAUCCGAGAUCCUCCGAUAGACUUUGUGGCAGAUCACCCAUUCCUUUUCCUGAUCAGGGAAGAAACAUCUGGAGCAGUGCUGUUCAUUGGUCAUGUCCUCAAUCCCUCUGCAGAUCAAUGAUUUAUUAUAUUUCCUAGUUCUAAAGCUCAAUUCUAGCUAUCAGUUGAGUGACGAGAAUAAAAGCUCAGCAGAGAAGGGAAUGGCAUGGUAAUUGAAACAGAAGCAUAUUGAGAGGAAACCAAAGGCAGUUAUACUGUUAUAGUACGUAUAAAAUCGCUUAAAUUCCUCUGUUGUAGUUAGGUAACUUCAAAUAUGUAUAGGGUUUAGGGAUAUGAGUUUAAUUGAUUGAUGUAAUGAGUUUUAUUAAUACAUUUCCAGUUGUUACUUUGUAAAUGAAAUUAAUCAUAAUGAGGGUAAUAUGAGUAGGUCUUUUAUCA